UGGCCCCACGGAGAGAUGCGACUUCCAGCCUGCUGCCCAAUUCAAAACCAGCGGCCUCUGCUUCAGCCCCUCCGGCCUAUUUCGCCACACACACACCGGUGCACCUCCACCGAGAUCAGCCCGUCCGGAAGGCACGUUGGCCCGCGCCCAGCAGCCGCGCCGCCCAGGCCGAGGAGCGAGCAGAGCAGAGCGGCGGCGGCGGCGAUGGCUGCGCGGCUGGACUCGCUGGAGCGCUGCCUGGAGCGGCACCUGCCCGCCGCCGAGCUGGCCGAGGCGAAGCGGCUCCUCUUCGGGGAGCCCCUCAGGCCACUGGAACUGCCCAAGGAGGCUCUCUCAGCUGCUGCAGAGAGGGACUUUGAGCUGCAGGGCCACAAAUUUGAAGCUGCAGCAGAGCAGCUGCGGCAGCCACGCCUGGUCCGAGUGGGGCUGAUCCAGAACAAGAUUCCUCUGACUACAGACGCGCCAGUCGCUGAGCAGGUAACUGCACUGCACAACCGCAUACAAGAGAUUGUGGAAGUGGCUGAAAUAUGUGGAGUAAAUGUGAUCUGUUUCCAGGAGGCUUGGACCAUGCCCUUUGCUUUCUGUACGCAAGAGAAACUGCCAUGGACUGAAUUUGCGGAAUCGGCAGAAGACGGACCCACCACAAGAUUCUGCCAGAUGCUGGCUAAGAAACACAAUCUGGUUGUGGUCUCUCCCAUCCUGGAAAGGGACGCUGCCCACGGAGGAACCCUGUGGAAUUCAGCCGUGGUCAUUUCCAGCUCUGGUUCUGUGCUGGGGAAGAGCAGGAAGAAUCACAUCCCCCGGGUGGGCGACUUCAAUGAGUCGAGAUAUUAUCUGGAAGGGGACCGAGGACACCCAGUGUUUGAGACCCAGUUUGGGAAGAUUGCGGUGAAUAUUUGCUUUGGUCGCCAUCAUCCGCUCAACUGGCUCAUGUACAGUUUGAAUGGAGCAGAGAUCAUCUUUAACCCUUCGGCCACUAUUGGCAAACUCAGUGAAUCCAUGUGGCCCAUCGAAGCAAGAAAUGCCGCCAUUGCCAACCACUGCUUCACCUGUGCCAUCAACCGCGUGGGGACGGAACUUUUCCCACACCCCUUUACAUCUGGAGAUGGAAAACCAGCCCAUCGUGACUUGGGCUAUUUUUAUGGCUCAAGUUACGUAGCCGCUCCAAACGGAAGUCGGAGCCCAGGACUGUCACGAACCCGAGAUGGACUGUUGGUGGCAGAGAUGGACCUGAAUCUUUGCAGACAAGUUAAUGAUGAAUGGAAUUUCAAGAUGACUGGAAGGUACAAGAUGUACGCAGAGGCACUUGCUGCAUUUGCCCAACCCAAUUUUGUGCCCAACGUCAUCCGAGAGUGACCUCUCUGCCCACGGAGGAGGCUCUUCUCCAGAUACUUCCAUCUGUACAGGAAUGGCCUCUUCUUUCCAACUGUCUCUUCCUGACUGGUCUGCUCUCUUAUAUUAAAAGUUGCCCUGGUAACUUCUCCGUUGCAAAAGGUCUUGUAAAUGGAGACAAGCACCGAGGGUCUCCCCCAUUAAAUGGAAAUACAAAUUGAAUUAAUAAAUAAAUAAUAAAUAAA